UCCCACCAUCGUCUGUCGUUUCUCUCAUUAAAAAAGGACAUUUUUUUUUUCAAAAAAAGGAAAAACAAACCCCUUUCUUUCUCAAACCCAAAAUUCCCAGAGAAUUUCUCUUCUCCUCUUGCAUUCCCCAACCCAAAAACCUCCCAAAUUCCAAUGCAAUAUUCCAUCAGAUAACCCAAACUUCUCAAGGACCCUAAUCUCCAUUUCCUUCGUAUUUCCCAAUAAUGUCAGGUCCAUCACUCAUGGAUUCCCUGUUUCAACGCACUUUGGAGGACUUGAUCAAAGGCCUCAGACAACAAUUGAUCGGUGAGCAAGCUUUCAUUUCCAAAGCCCUGGAAGACAUCCGUAAAGAAAUCAAAUCCACUGACCUCUCAACCAAAUCCACAGCUCUCCUUAAACUCUCUUACCUUUCCUCCCUUCACUUCCACGACAUGGCGUUUGCAAGUUUCCAUGCUUUGGAAGUCCUCUCUUCCCCUCGUUUUUCGCACAAAAAAAUUGCGUACCAUGCAAUCUCACUUUCCUUCCAUGAUUCCACCCCUGUUCUUCUCCUUAUAACUAAUCAUCUACGCAAGGAUCUUACCAGUACCAAUGAGUUUGAAGUAAGUUUAUCUCUCCAAUGCUUAUCUAGAAUUGCUAAUGUUGAUCUUGCUAGGGAUUUGACCCAGGAAAUUUUCACUCUACUGUCUAGUAAUAAACUUUAUGUUCGAAAAAGGGCAGUAGCUGUAGUAUUAAGGGUUUUUGAGAAAUACCCAGAUUCUGUUAGGGUGUGUUUUAAACGUUUAGUUGAAAAUUUAGAGAAUUAUGAUCCUCAGAUUUUGUCUGCUGUUGUUGGGGUGUUCUGUGAACUUGCUUGUAAAGAUCCCAGAUCGUAUCUUCCUUUGGCGCCCGAGUUUUAUAAGAUUUUGGUUGAUUCAAAGAACAAUUGGGUUUUGAUUAAGGUUUUGAAGAUUUUUGCUAAGUUGGCUCCUUUGGAACCGAGGUUAGCAAAACGGGUUGUUGAGCCGGUUUGUGAUCAUAUGAGGAGAACUGGGGCGAAGUCGCUGUUGUUUGAGUGUGUUAGGACUGUGGUUACUAGUUUGAGUGAGUAUGACUCUGCUGUGAGGCUUGCAGUGGGAAAGGUUCGAGAGUUUUUGGUGGAUGAGGAUCCAAAUCUUAAGUAUCUUGGAUUGCAGGCUCUUGCGAUUGUAGCACCCAAGCACUUGUGGGCUGUGUCGGAGAAUAAGGAAGUUGUGAUUAAGUCAUUGAGUGAUGCAGAUCCUAAUAUUAAGAUUGAGUCCUUGCAUCUUGUGAUGGCAAUGGUGUCUGAACAUAAUGUGGCCGAAAUUUGCAGAGUUUUGGUCAACUAUGCACUUAAAGCUGAUCCUGAGUUUUGUAAUGAGAUUCUUAAUUCUAUUUUAUCAACUUGUUCUAGGAAUCUAUAUGAAAUUAUUGUUGACUUUGAUUGGUAUGUAUCACUGCUUGGGGAGAUGUCAAGAAUCCCACAUUGCCAGAAGGGAGAAGAAAUUGAAAAUCAGCUUAUUGAUAUUGGAUUGAGGGUCAAGGAAGUUAGGCCAGAACUUGUUCGUGUUGCUCGUGAUCUGCUGAUUGAUCCUGCUUUACUUGGAAAUCCUUUCUUGCAUAGGGUAUUAUCUGCUGCUGCCUGGUCUUCUGGAGAAUAUGUUGAGUUUUCAAGGAACCCAUUAGAACUUAUGGAAGCACUAUUACAACCUCGUACUAGUUUGUUGCCACCAUCUAUUAGGGCAAUUUAUAUUCAGUCUGCCUUUAAAGUGUUAGUUUUUUGCCUACAUACUUACCUUAUGCAACGGGAAAGUACCACUUCCUCUGCAUGUCCCGAUAAUUUGCCCUCAGGAGUUUCAGCAUCUGUGUCCUACGAAUCAUUUGAUGGUCUGUCGGUGGAAGAUGGUGGGGAUGCAGCUGUUACACAUGGUCUGACAUCUACCUCUGCUUCUAUGACUGAUGAAUCUAUUGUAAACCUGUUGAAUCUGGUUGAAAUAGCUUUGGGCCCUCUAUUAGGAAGCCAUGAUGUGGAAGUACAGGGGAGAGCACGGAAUGUGCUUGGCUUUGUUGAUAUGACAAAACUAGAUUUACUUAAUCCUUCUGCUCAAGAGGAAAAGGGUUUAGAGAGAAAAGAAGUUGAAGCUUCCAAAACCAUUGAACUGAUGCAUGAUGCCUUUUCUGAGGAGCUUGGUCCCGUCUCUUUAACUGCCCAGGGAAAAGUUCCUCUACCGGAUGGGUUAAUGCUUAAGGAGAACCUUGGCGACUUGGAAAUGAUCUGUGGUGAUAUUCAACUACCUUCAUCAAACUCAUUUUCUUUUGGAACUCCUUCUAAUGAGCAGAAGGUUGGUGUUUCUUUCUCUAACCUUCAGAUCAAAGAAGACUUUGAGCAAUCAAAUGAGUCCACAUCUCUGUUAGCUGAGCAUCGUAAGCGCCAUGGAUUGUAUUAUCUUCCUUCAGGGAAGAGUGAAAUAAUUUCAAAUGAUUAUCCUCCUGCCAAUGACCACACAUCACAGGGUAAUGUCAAUGAUAAUUCUGAUGAUCUGGCUAAACUUACCGAGGAAUCACUUUUCCCAAAGAAAAAACCAAACCAUGCCAAGCCUAGGCCUGUAGUGGUAAAAUUGGAUGAAGUGGAUGAGAAACCCAUUGCAAUGAAGAAGCCUGAGGCAAAGGAUGAUUCACUCUCAGGUGCUGUGCGGGAUAUUCUUUUAGGUAGUGAAGAUGUGAUACCCACUUCAUCACGAAGCAACCUUUCUGAUAAGCCAUCUAGCAAGAGAAGGGGGAAGGAAAAACAAGAUACAGAUCCUCAUGUGGAAUCAAAAGAAAAUUUAGUUGAUGAUGGAAAUCCUAAUUCAAGAAGGAGAAAACACCGUAGUCAUGGUAAAGAGAGAAGACAUAAAAGUCCAAGGAAGAAGAAUGCUGAGGAAAGAGAAGAUAAUGGUCAGAAAGAAAAAGAGAAGAGCACUCAUCGCCAUGGAAGGCAUAAAUCUCGUCAAAGAGCUGAUGAGCUUUUGAAUGUUUCUCCACAAACACCUGUUAUUCCUGAUUUCCUUUUAUAGCGUUAAAUUUUUUGAUCCAAUAGUUAGAAACUGCUUGAUAGAAGUUGGCCGAUAAUAUCCCUGCAUUCUGCCUUCUUGCAUGCUAAGGUUAGUUCUGCUGUAAAUUUAUACUUUCUGUUUUUGUUUGGGGUUUGUGGUUUAUUGAAAUUUAAACUCUGGGAUUGGUUUUGGACAUUAUACAUGUUGAAAUUCAAUUUUGAGGUAAAGUUUCAAUUUUGAAACGUUCUGGCA